CUAUUUGCGAAAUCAGAAGAAGAAGACGCAAAACGAAGCCAAAAAGCAAUGGCGGUUCCGGGCAGGGGUUUAGUGGAGGCUGACGACAACGAUGACGAAAACGCUCUCUUUGAAGAAGAGGGUUUGGAGGACCUCGACUCUCACGCGCCUCCUCACCUACGCGCCAUCGCUGACGCCACUCAGCUCGGCGACCUCGACGCCCUCCGACUCGCUCUCGAUAACUUAGAAGGCAGUAUUGAUGAACCAGUGGAAGAUGGGGACACAGCUCUGCAUCUGGCUUGUCUCUAUGGUAAACUUUCUUGUGUCCAGUUGCUUUUGGAGAGGGGGGCAAACUUGGAGGCUAAGGAUGAAGAUGGAGCUAUUCCUCUGCAUGAUGCUUGUGCUGGGGGAUACACUGAGAUAGUUCAACUUCUAGUUAACAGUGCUAAUGACACCGAGCGUGUAAAGAGAAUGCUAGAAGCAGUUGACGCUGAAGGUGAUACUCCUCUGCAUCAUGCAGCCAGAGGUGAGCAUGCUGAUAUUAUAAGAUUGUUGCUGGCUUCUGGAGCUUCUCCUACAAGGGCAAACCUGUAUGGAAAGAUCCCAAGUGAGUUACCAGAACCUAACACAGAAGCCAAGGGGAUUUUGGAGGCUGCUGCUGAUGCUAUGGCAUGCCAGUAGGUUUUACUUGCUGCAAAAAAAAAAAAUUCUAGAUUUCAUUUAGGUUGUGAGACCCGCUUCUUUACAUGGCUUCUAUAGAUCAGCAACACCAAAAUGUGAUUCAUGGCCAUUAUUAUGAGCUUCAGAAUUUAGAAUAUCAAAUAUAUAAAUCAGCACAUUCUCUUCCUAUUCAA